CUGUCCUCAGACAAGUGGGGGAGGAGCACAGCCACUCCACUGUUGGCCAGAUUUCUGGGCAUGCAGUGUAGAAUCCAGACCUCCUAAGUGAGUAUUAUUUCAGCACAGAAAAUUUGGAGAGAGACUUCUUUCUGAGGAGGAAGAUGGACCAACAGGGAUUUUUGCCUGUGUCACUGAUCGCCAGUUUCCGUCGGAUGCAAGCUCUGACUACGAAUGCUGCACUCAUUUUGGAGGCCCUAAAGGACAGUACAGAAGUUGAAACUGUGGAUCAGAAACUAAGAAAAAGAGUUGAUCCAGAAAAGUGGCCAAUUCCAGGUCCUCCUCCGUGCAACCUGCCUCCAACUGACUUCUCUCAGCUCAUCAAUUGUCCAGAAUUCGUACCAGGCCAAACUUUUGGCUCACAUACUGAGUCUGCACCAAGUUCUCCAAGAGUGGGAAGCCCGCUGAGUCCAAAGGAAAAUGUUGAAUCAAGUAAUUUUCAGACAAUGUCUAAAGGACUGUCUACAAGUUUGCCUGAUUUGGACUCUGAACCUUGGAUAGAAGUGAAGAAGAGGCAUCGUGCAUCCACUGUCAAGCUAAAGGAAACUGUUCCUGUACCUGAUCAAACACCAGAUCAACACCAGCCACCCCCACCUCUGGAGGAACAAGAACAGGAAGAACUUGAAUUUUUGUUUGAUGAAGAGAUGGAACAAAAUCAGUGUCGGAAGAAUAAAUUUACUGAUUGGUCAGAUAGUGAUUCUGAUUAUGAAAUUGAUGAUCAGGAUGUAAACAAGAUUUUAAUUGUAACACAGACACCACCAUAUGUGAAAAAACAUCCUUGUGGAGACCGUGCUGACAACCGUGUGUGUCGUGCAAAAAUUACAUCAGAACUUGCUAAAGUCAUUAAUGAUGGCUUGUACUACUACGAACAGGAUUUGUGGAUGGAUCAGAGUGAAAAUGAAGCCACAAUGAAGCAAGAGAUUGAGAACUUUAAGAAGCUAAACCUCAUUAAUAAGGACGAAUUUGUUAGUCUUGCACCAGAAACUGCUGAUUCAACCCAAGAAGUUCCUCCAAGACCUCCAGGGUUACAGAAAGCAGAGGAGCUGGCCUGUCAUUCCCUGAGUGCUGAAGUACCUCCAGCAGCAGGAAUGGCUCGAUCGCUGCCAACGGCAGUCCCAGAUUCCCCCCGUUUCCACCCUGGCUUCAUCCCACGAACACCUCGCACCCCAAGGCUCCAGGAUCCCAACAAAACACCCAGGUUCUACCCUGUUGUUAAAGAAGCACGAUCCUUUGAUGUAAAGACUCCAAGAAAAAGAAAAACGCGCCACAGUACAAAUCCUCCCUUGGAAUGCCAUGUUGGUUGGGUGAUGGAUUCCAGAGACCACAGGCCAAGAACUUCCUCUGUGAGCAGUUCCAAUGCCUCACCUUCAGAAGGAGCUCCACUGGCAGGUUAUGGCUGUACUCCAAAUUCUCUUCCCAAAUUCCAGCACCCAUCUCACGAACUGUUAAAGGAAAAUGGCUUUACUCAGCAGGUGUACCACAAAUACCGGCGGAGGUGUUUAACAGAGAGGAAACGGUUGGGAAUUGGCCAGUCCCAAGAAAUGAACACACUUUUUCGUUUCUGGUCCUUUUUUCUGAGAGAUCACUUCAACAAGAAAAUGUAUGAAGAAUUCAAACAGCUUGCUCUAGAGGAUGCAAAAGAACACUACAGGUACGGCUUGGAAUGCUUGUUCAGAUUUUACAGCUAUGGCCUGGAAAAGAAAUUCAGGAAAGAAAUAUUCGAGGAUUUUCAGCAAGAAACAAAGAGGGACUAUGAAGCUGGUCAGCUGUAUGGACUGGAAAAAUUUUGGGCUUACCUAAAAUACUCUCAGCACAAGACUCCAGCUGUUGACCCCAAACUACAAGAAUACCUGAGUAAAUUUAAGAGACUGGAGGACUUCAGGGUGGAUCCUCCUCUCGGUGAAGAAUCUGGCAGGAGGAGACCAGGUGAGGAUUCAGGUCAUCGCAGACAUCAGUCCAACUCUUCUAAAACACUUUCCACCACCAAACCUGCUGCUGCCUGUCAGUCCCAGGCGCUGGGAAGCGUUUCCUGUGGGAAUACCGUGCAAGCCUCCGCGGGCCGUAGCAACGCUGCCACAAAAUCUAUAGAAAGUGAUGUACCAGAAAAAUAGACUUGGGAUGAGCUCGUGCCCUCCAGAAUCACCUUUGGCAUCACUCCCCUAAUCUGGAGAUCUUCAAGGCGAGGCAAUCUCUACUACGUGAUUAAAAAUGGAUGGAAAGACAAAGGAUGGGAUUCUCUUUUUCACGGGAUAUAGUUCCAAAACACUUGCCCUAGGAGAGUUGCUCUUGGUUAUGGGAUCAUUGGAAGGAUGCUAGGGAAGAUUCUUUGGCUUCAGUAUUGCUUUCCUCAAGCUUUUGUUUACAAAGAACUGCAUUCCUUGCAUAUGCAAAAAAUACUUCGAGGGAUGCCUUACAUUUCAGCUCAGAUUUCUUAAAAAAAGGUAUGAUAUAUACCCAUGUUAUUUACUAUGCUUUCCUUACCCAUAAUUCCCCAUUAUUUGUAUUUUACCAAAGCAAAAAAAGAUUACAUUAUAUGUAGAUUAUUAAAUGGAAAGGAAGGAUCUAUGUGACUGGUUUGCUUUCAAAGCUAACUAUCAAAAAGUAUGUUUUUCUGCAAAAGCACACUUGAGAACAUGCAGCUGUAUAUGAAAACUGCAUUUCUGGAUUCUAUUUAAAGAUAUAGUUUCUAUUUUUUUUCAGGGUCUCCAUAGUUAGUAUUUUAUUAAGUAUGGAGUUUGAGUGGACAUAACUGGGAUAGUUUUGCAGAUAUUUCCUUCAGUGCUGGCUCUUUAAUAACUCAAGUAACAGAAAACUACAGGGG